AUUCUGAAGUAACAGAAGAAUUACACUCAAUGAUGGAAGGAAUUGAAGAUCACAAAGUAUUGCAACGUCCAGAAGACAUGGAUUCUCAGAAGAAACCUGAAUUUAUUAUUCAGAAACAAACUAGAAAAAAUCUUACAAAUAUAGAAAAAUCUGGAAAUAUAAAACCACAGAUAGAGACAUCAGAAGAAAUGUUGUGGACCUUAAUGACAUCAACAGCUACAACAAUAGGAGAACGUUAUCGCAUUUUAAAAGCUCGAGAUAAAUUGCUUCGAUUACGUCAACAAAAAACAUCAGAUAUAAGGAAGGCCAAAGCUAUUGUAGGUGUAUGUCCAGAUAUGUGCCCUGAGAAAGAAAGAUAUAAUCGUGCAGAAAAAAAUUGUCUUUCAAUUUUUGAAACAAGUGCAGAUAAGUUAAUAGAUCACAGAGCUGUCAUUAAGGAAUAUAGUCGUUCUUCUGCUGAUCAGGAAGAGCCCUUACCACAUGAAUUAAGACCACCUGAUGUCUUGAUCAAAACAAUGGAUUAUCUCUUGUGUAAUAUUGUAGAUUUAGUGAAUAAUGAUCAAUCACCUGGAUUUUCUAUAGGAGAAUGGUAUGAUUUCAUUUGGAAUCGUACUCGUGCUAUUCGUAAAGAUAUUACACAACAACAUUUGUGUGGUUUGAAAAGUGUUUCCCUAGUAGAAAAAUGUGCUCGCUUUCAUAUACAUUGCUCAGCAGUAUUGUGUGAAGAAGAUAUGGCUACAUUUGAUGCCAAAAUCAAUAACGAAAAUCUUACAAAAUGUCUUCAGACUCUUAAACAUCUUUAUCACGAUCUUAACAUUCAGAACAUACAGUGUCCGCAAGAGUCUGAAUUUCGAGCCUAUGAUGUUCUUCUAAAUAUAAAUGAAAGUGAUAUACUUAGAGAAAUCCAGCAAUUUCCUUCUUAUAUAAGAGAGUCAGAAGAAAUAAAAUUUGCAAUAUCUAUUUUUAAUGCAGUUAAUAGUAAUAAUUAUAUUAAAUUCUUUCGUCUUGUAAGAAAAACAACUUAUCUUAAUGCUUGUUUACUCCAUCGUUACUUUUCUCAAGUUCGAAUAAAAGCCCUGCAUACAAUUUUAAAGGCAUUUUGUAUACCAAAUCGUCCAGAACAGUUUCCGAUGUUAGAACUGAAACAUAUUUUAGCAUUUGAAAGUGUAAAUGAUGUAAAAGAAUUUUGUCAAUGGCUGGGACUUAAAUCUGAUGAAAAGUUUGUAAUUUUAAAUCGAAGUGAUUUUGUUCUUCCUACAUCACCUCUUCCAGUUUCUAGAGCAUAUCAGCUGAUUGAAAGCAAAAGAGUAACAAAUAUUAGUGAGGUAAAUCAAUCAUUUUAUUUUUUCUAA